UCUGAGCAGCCAACCGAUCGCUGCAGCUGUACAUAGUCCAUCUGUAAAUAGCCCACUCAAUCUACCUACCUCAUCCCCAUAUUGUUUUAUUUACUUUUCUGCUCUUUUGCACACCAGUAUCACUACUUGCACACCUUCAUCUGCUCAUCAUCAUCUGCUCAUCUACCACUCCAGUGUGAAUCUGCUAAAAUGUAAUUACUCUGCUACUAUGGCCUAUUUAUUGCCUUACCUCCUCAUGCCAUUUUCACACACUGUAUAUAGACUUUUUCUCUAUUGUGUUAUUGACUGUACGCUUGUUUAUUCCAUGUGUAACUCUGUGUUGUUGUGCCUGUCCUGAGGUGAAUGAUUUCUCUCGUUGGCUAGAAAUGACUAGUUACUAAACUUAGACUAUAAGGUGCAGCACAUAGCAUCACCUCUCACAGUCACAACAGGGGACAACAAUUAACAGAUCGUUGCAACCACACUAAAGUUGACUUCAGUAUUCAAUAUUCCCGAAGAAGUUAACUACCUUAGUAAUUAAUUUCUUGAUAUCUUCUUUUGAUUACUUGUGUAUUGGCAUUGUAUUUUGCGUGGCCUUCUACUGCACUGUUGGAGCCAGUAACAUAAUUUUUUUUGUACAAUUACAUUGUCAGGGAAUGUACUUCGUUUUACAACAGUUAUACCACAUAGCAUCACUCAAUUAUAGUUACUAUUAUUGCAUUUUUGGGGGAUUACUCUUUUUUUAUAGGUAUAAAAAAAGGUAUCUGCGAUAACCUACAGGACAGUAGAUCUCCAGGAAGAGGGUUGGACUGAAAACCUACAGGACAGUAGAUCUCCAGGAAGAGGGCUGGGCUGCCCUGGUCUACAGAUAUGGGACGAAGAAGAGGGACUCUGAAGAUUCUGUUCCUGUUGACACUCUGUCUGCAAGCCUUCACUGGCCAAUGCCAAGAUGCAGGCCAUCCCUCUGAACUGAGGAUUGUUCUGGUGGGGAAGACUGGAUCAGGGAAGAGUUCAACAGGAAACACCAUCCUGGGGAGAAAGGUGUUUAGAGAAGACCUCUCCCCUAAGUCUGUCACUGAUCACUGUGAGAAACAGAGUGGAGAGGUGGAUGGGAGGAAGAUUGAUGUCAUCGACACCCCAGGGCUCUAUGACACAACAAUGUCUCAAGAAGAGAUGAAAAGUGAAAUAGAAAAGGCCAUCUACAUGUCAGUUCCAGGACCCCACGCCUUCCUGCUGGUGAUCAGACUGGGGAGGUUCACAGAGGAGGAGAGGAACACUGUGAAGUGGAUCCAGGAGAACUUUGGAGAAGAAGCCUCAAAGUACACCCUCAUUCUGUUCACCGGUGGAGACCAGCUGGAGGACAAAUCAAUGGUGGACUUUCUAAGUGAGAGUGAGGAGCUUAUGAAACUCGUCAAGGUCUUUAAGGGAAGAAAUCAUGUCUUCAAUAAUAAAAAGAAGAAUGACAACACUCAGGUCCCAGAGCUGCUGAAGAAGAUAGAUGAGAUGGUGAUGAAGAAUGGAGGACAACACUACACCAAUGAGAUGUACCAGGAGGUCCAGAGGAAGAUCAAAGAAGAGGAGCUGAGGAUUGUGUUGCUAGGGAAGACUGGAGCAGGGAAGAGUGCAACAGGAAACACCAUACUGGGGAGAAAGGUGUUUAAAGUCGACUCUUCGCCUGCGUCAGUGACCGGACAGUGUGAGAGACAGAGUGGAGAGGUCAACGGGACGACGGUUCAUGUGGUUGACACACCAGGCCUCUUCGACACAGCCAGGUCGGACGAAGAAGUGAAAGAGAAUAUAGAGGAGUGUGUUAACAUGUCCGUCCCGGGACCCCACGCCUUCCUGCUGGUGAUCAGGCUGGGGGUGAGGUUCACAGAGGAGGAGAGGAAAGCCGUGAGGUGGAUCCAGGAGAACUUUGGAGAGGACGCCUCCAUGUACACCAUCUUGCUGUUCACCUGUAAAGACCAGCUGAAGGGGAAACAGGUGACAGAUUCUCUGAAGAUGUGUAAAGAGCUACGGAGACUCUCCAUCACUUUUUUCUGUUACCUACAAACUGGUCCAUCUGGUCCCAACACACUGCAGAAUGUCAACUGUAGAAUGAUACGCAUGUUUAGAAUGUCAUUUGACACCCCCUAUGGUAUAGAAGCGAUGGAACGAGGAAGAGGAGGGACUCUGAAGAUUCUGUUCCUGUUGACACUCUGUCUGCUAACCUUCACUUGUCACUGUGAAGAUUCAGGGCAGCCCUCUGAUCUGAGGAUAGUUUUAGUAGGGAAGACUGGAGCAGGGAAGAGUGCAACAGGAAACACCAUCCUGGGGAGAAAGGUGUUUAGAGAUGUCUUCUCCCCUAAGUCUGUGACUGUUCAUUGUAAGAAACAGAGUGGAAUGGUGGAUGGGAGGAAGAUUGAUGUCAUCGACACCCCGGGGCUCUAUGACACAACAAUGUCUGAAGAAGAGAUGAAAAGUGAAAUAGAAAAUGCCAUCUACAUGUCAGUUCCAGGACCCCACGCCUUCCUGCUGGUGAUCAGACUGGGGAGGUUCACAGAGGAGGAGAGGAACGCUAUGAAGUGGAUCCAGGAGAACUUUGGAGAAGAAGCCUCAAAGUACACCAUCAUUCUGUUCACUCAUGGAGACCAGCUGGAGGACAUAUCAUUGUUGGACUUUCUAAUGGAUAGUGAGGAGCUUAUGAAACUCGUCAAGGUCUUUAAGGGCAGAAACCAUGUCUUCAAUAAUAAAAAGAAGAAUGACAACACUCAGGUCACAGAGCUGCUAAAGAAGAUAGAUGAGAUGGUGAUGAAGAAUGGAGGAAAACACUACACCAACGAGAUGUACCAGGAGGUUCAGAGGAAGAUCGAAAAGGAGGAGGAGAGGAAGAAACAGGAGAAGAAGGAGAGAGAACAGGAGGAGAGGGAGAAACAGGAAGAGAAGGGGAGAGAGGAGGAGAGGAAGAAACGGGAGGAGAUGAGGAUGAAUAAAUCAAAGGACCUACCGGGAAAAGUUGUGGGAUUGGAGAUAAAGAGGGAAAUGGAUGAGAGCAUUGAGAUGUCAGUCCCAGGACCCCAUGUGUUCCUGCUGGUGAUCAGACUGGGGAGGUUCACAGAGGAGGAGAGGAACACUGUGAAGUGGAUCCAGGAGAACUUUGGAGCAGACGCUUCACCCAGACGCUUCACCCUUCACAAUCUUACUUACUCGGCCGGAUCAGCUGGAGGGCAUUCCUGA